AAAAUAGAACAACCUCUUUCUCUCUUGUCUCACAAACACCCCCCCUCUUUUCCUCCAUAGCAAUUCCUCCUCCUUUUACAAAGAAAGAAAGAGCGAAGUUUUGAAGAAAAAGAAUGGCGGACCAGCUCACCGACGACCAGAUCUCUGAGUUCAAGGAGGCCUUCAGCUUGUUCGACAAGGAUGGCGAUGGCUGCAUCACUACCAAGGAGCUUGGGACUGUGAUGAGGUCACUUGGCCAGAACCCAACUGAAGCAGAGCUUCAGGACAUGAUCAACGAAGUUGAUGCAGAUGGAAACGGGACAAUUGACUUCCCUGAGUUCCUGAACCUCAUGGCCAGGAAGAUGAAAGACACCGACUCGGAGGAGGAGCUUAAAGAGGCAUUCCGAGUUUUUGACAAGGACCAGAAUGGGUUCAUCUCUGCUGCUGAGCUGCGCCAUGUGAUGACCAACCUUGGGGAGAAGCUCACCGACGAAGAAGUUGAUGAGAUGAUCAGGGAGGCUGAUGUUGAUGGCGAUGGCCAGAUAAAUUAUGAGGAGUUUGUCAAGGUGAUGAUGGCUAAGUGAUGAGUGCCUCUCCACCAAAACCUUGAUGAGAAUUAUCUUUUAUAACCAAAAAAAAAAAAAAAAAAGGGUAAAAGAAAGGGAGAACCGGGUUGAUGAAUAUGGUGGGGCUUGUAGUUUUUUGGUUUUUUUUUUUUUUUUUUUCAAUUUUCAUUUGAUGCUUUUGCCCCUACAGGAAGUAGUAGUAUGUUCUGCUGCUGCUGAUGGUGGUGGAAGCUAUGUUUAUCCUUAAUGUGUCUUGUGACAAAGUGUCUUGGCAGUUUUAAUAUUUCUUUUUUGUUCUCAUGUGAAACUGAACUACCUGGGAGGAUCUAAUGUUCUAUGUUGAUUGGAUGGCUCAUUUUAUUGGUA